AUGAUCAAUCAAUCAGAUUUAUUAUUUACUAUAUAAAUAAAUGGUCAAUAUAUUUAUAUCAAUACCAAUAAUAAAUAUAAAGAUAAAGAAGAAAUAAAUAAACAAUGAAAUCAUGUAAGUAAAAUGUAAAUACACUAUUACCAAUUAUUGGUCUAAUUACAAUCUACUGUAGUUGUAAUUUAAAAAAAAAAAAGUAAAAUAAUUAACGUGGCAAUUAUGAGCGACAGUGGAAUAGUCAAUCCUGAGUUAAAUUUAUCAGUGGAAUAAAACUGGUCAUUAACUUUUAGCUUAGAUGAAUGAUGACAAUUGAGUCUUAAUGGAAAAAAAAAAUUUAUAUAAACUAGCGUUUAAAAUAUGCCCGCCAGUGGCCUUGAUGUUCAGCAUCCUCGUGACAGUGACAACUUUGUACAUCAACGAAGGGAUAUCACCACUAUUUAUAUUUAUCUCCAUUCAAGUUUACCUAAAUUGGUACGCCAUUUAUACGAUAAGCCAGGACGCGACGACAGCGAAACGCGCGACACGUGACGCUGAUUCCAAUGACACCGUCGCGAUAACCAUAAAUGCCGGGGAAUCUCCAGCAAAAUUAAAGUACUGGUACUGCGAAAAAUGUAUGUGCUAUACAAUAAAGCCUACGCAACAUUGCGUAGCCUGUAACAAGUGCUUCCAUUACCGAGACCACCACUGUUUCUUCAUCGGCGGAUGUGUGACCCGGGAGAACAUGGGAAACUUUAUUUUAAUCUGCUUUCAUACGUCUCUAGCUUGUCUCUACUCUCUGACAGUAAUCGGGCCUUAUCUGUAUGAGAGUCUACGGGAUUUAUUUGAGGAAGAUCCAAGUAAAGUUAACGUCAUCAUCAACUUCUGCUUUCCCAUAGCGCUCACAAGGCUGCUGGUCACUGGAAAAACAUCUUGCUUGCUACUGAUCACGCUGUUUGACACUUUGUUUUCAGUGUGGGUCGUCAGCUUUAUCUAUGGAACUUGGAAAUUAUUGAGCUGCUACACAGGAAGACAGCGGUACUACCCCCAUGCUAUCAGAAAAUUUAAGUUACAGGAAAUAUUUGGCAGUUAUGGUCUAUUAAAUUUAUUGUUUCCGUACAAUGGUCUCAUUUGUUCACAAGACAUAGGCGGAAAAUGUCAACUUAAAAAUAUUUAAUUUGAUAUUUGAAAUUAUUGUAUAAAAUUUUAUU